UAGUGAGCGAGAGCAGAGAGAGAGAGGCACCAUGUGUUAGUAUAAAACUCAAACAGAAUAGAGAGCAGAAAUGCGACAUGUGACAGCAGGGUAGACAUGCAGUACAGAGCUGUAGAUCGAGUGUCUGCAUGCAUAAACAGACUGGGGUGAGAGUAACGCUAAGCCAAAUUGCCUGAUUUACAACCGGUUAACAUACAGGCUUUCCAUCGGAAAAGGCAUAUGGGCAGAGUGACCUAGCACUCGGAACAGACCAUCUCUACAGCUUUCACCUGCAGCCAACAUGACAACUGCCACAAGGCUUUUGGACGAGCUGUGCCACCUCACUGCUCAGUCGCUGACCUCGCUGAAUCCGUCCGAUCACUUCCAGGUCAUCAAACUCCUGGGUGAAGGGUCAUAUGGCAAGGUCAUGCUGGCAAUGCAUAAGAAGAGAGGUACUCCAAUGGCUUUAAAAUUCUUUCCUCGUGACUCGACCUCUCUCUUCUCCUUUCUGAGGGAGUACAAUCUCUCUCUGGCAUACUGUACCCACCCAUCUCUCACGUCUGCUCUGGGAAUUGCCUUUUCCACCCCGACUCAUUAUGUCUUUGCCCAGCAACCCAGUCUCUAUGGAGACCUAUAUGAUGUCAUUGUUCCUGAGGUGGGCCUGGAGGAGUGUUGUGUUCAGAGAGUGGUGUCUCAGAUCAGUGGAGCUCUUUCUUACCUCCACACUCUUGGCUUCGCCCACCGUGAUGUUAAGCCGGAAAACAUAUUCCUGUGUGACCGAGACUGUCGAUGGGUGAAGCUUGGUGAUUUUGGUAUGGUGAAGGCAGUGGGUACCAGGGUCCCCUGUGUGUGGUACAGCUCCCCCUACUGUACCCCUGAGGCAGAGAUUGCAAGGGAGAAGGAGCUGAGCGACUCAGGGUCCCCCUCUGUGGAUGAGAAUGGCAACAAGAGCAAAGAGGGCUCCCAAAAGACUACAAAGAAACGUAUAUUAGUCUCAGUAGAGGUCAGCACAGACAGCUGGGCACUAGGAAUUCUGAUCUAUGCUAUGCUAAUGGGAAGUCUUCCCUGGUCUGAGAGUGUUCUAGACAAUGUUGCAUAUGAGAGGUAUUUCAGGUGGAGUGAGAGGGGGAGGAUGCAAACUGAAGACAGUGAGUCAGAUGGUCUUGAGGAUUUCUACUAUGUAGCCCCACAGUUCACAGCAUUCACUCCAUUGGCCUGCUCUCUCUUUCGGGCAUUACUGCACCCAAAGCCCAAUCUUCGAGCAACACCAGGGGAGGUAGCUGCAUAUCUGGGAGGAGCCUGGCUGCUGAGUAGUGACAUUAGUGGGUGAAGAAGCAGAAUGAAACAACCUGGUUGUAGCAAUGGCAAGUUUCAGUGAUGGCACAAAAAGGACAAACAACAUAAACUUCAGAGUGUUUUUUUUUUUACUUUUCUCUUUUACAUCAUUUUUCAUUAUGUAUCUUUGGGAACACCGGCACUGCUGCUGUCAUGCUUGCUCUCAUGUAGACGAGUCUGGCAUGGUGGUUAAGUUAACUUAGCCAGCGACUCUUUAGGUCACAGACUGAGCUAAACCUAGCUAUGACUAAGUAUAACCUGGCUAUAACUGAGCUAAACCUAGCUGUGACUAAGUAUAUCCUGGCUAUGACUGAGCUAAACCUAGCUAUGACUGUGCUAAACCUAGCUAUGACUGACCUAAACCUAGCUAUGACUGAGCUAAACCUGGCUAUGACUGUGCUAAACCUAGCUAUGACUGAGCUAAACCUGGCUGUGACUGAGCUAAACCUGGCUAUGACUGAGCUAAACCUAGCUAUGACUGUGCUAAACCUAGCUAUGACUGAGCUAAACCUGGCUAUAACUGAGCUAAACCUGGCUAUGACUGAGCUUAACCUGGCUAGGACUGAGCUAAACCUUGCUAAGACAUAGCUAAACCUAGUAUGACUGAGCUAAAGCUAGUUAUGACUGAGCACAACUGACACAACUGGGCUUAACCUGGCUAUUACUGAACUACACCCAACUAGGACAGAGCUAAACCCAGCUGUGACUGGGCUUAACCUGGCUAUGACUGGCCUAAACCAGGCCAUGACUAAGCUUUACAAGGCUACGAUUGAGCUAAACCCAGCUAUGACAAUAAUAAAUUAAAAAUGACUCAACAGCAAACUAGACAAAAUAAAAAUGUUUAAUGGACACAGAAACAAAUGACUCAUAGACAAUAUACAGGUGAUGGAAGUGAUUUAUAUGCUAUAUUCAACAAUACAACAUUGUUUUGUACUAAAGCAACACACAAUGCACAAGGUCUUCAGAAUGACUGUUAAUACACUGUUGCCGCCUACUGGAUAUAUUUUAAACUGCAAGAACAGACAUAUUUAAAUUAUGAUUAUUUAUGAAACAUAAAUAUUGUUGUUUUUAAGGGUUAUUUUGAGAAUGAGUGUUCAAGUACUUCUUCGGACAUACCAACAAGUAUUCAAAGUGGGCCAGCCAUACUAUGUACUUUUUUAUGUCCAAAAUUUAGAGAGUUCAGAUACUUUGAGGUGCAUCUAUCGCUGACAGAGGUGUGCACACACAACUUGUAUAAUAUCUAUAGAAACACUUUGGCGAUGGAAUGGGCUGCUUUGUAGCAUCCAUAUAUGAGCUAGUGUCAAGCUAGAGGGGUUUAUAGCCCCCAAGAUUUAGGACUUUGGGAUAAACUGAAGUGAUGUUAGUGAUCCAGAAUUAAUCGUCCAACAUCAGUACCUAGCCUCACUAAGGCUCUUGUGGCUGAAUCCAAUCAAAUACUCACAGCAAUGUUCCAACAUCUAGUGUGAAGACGUCCCAUAGGAAGUUUUUACUGCAGCCAACUCCCUAUUAAUGCCUUUGAUUACAGAAGAAACGUUGGACGAACAGUGUCUGCAUACUUUUUGACAUAAAAUGUAUGGACAUGCAAUUUAGGUAUAUGUUCAUUUUCAGAACAGAUUUCCUGUAUACCUGCUUAUGUCUUUGUUAUAAUUGUCUUUAAAGUGUCUUUUACAGCAUUACACCAAUUCAUUUUACAUUGUAUGAACACUUUAUGAUGAAUGGAUUGAUAGAAAUUAGUCUAAGAAUGAUAAAAUAAUAAAAUAACAGUAAUGCCUUA